CUCUUUAGCUCCGUAGCAGAAACAUCCCUUCGGGACGGAGGGGGGAGGCGAAAUCUCGAAACCACCCUCACAUGAUCAUUAGAGCCGAUCUCACCAACCAUAGCAAGCAGAGAAUCUGACGUCACGCCACAUAGUCUUCUAUUGGUCGAGACCGAAGAACCUCAGGGAAAGACAAAUGUCGGUAAUAAGGAUACAGUUGACAUAGAACGAAUCCAAGUAGGUUCUAAUCACCUUCAGUUUAAAGAUCUCUCUUGAGAAAGUAGCUUAUCCUCUUUCAGAUUCCCCUGCAUUACUGAAUAGUCGACUUUUUUUUUUCCCCUGUAGAACUUAGCAAUAACGGAUGAAGUCAUUCAUAUGGUAACAUCUUUAAGUUAACGUAUCAUCGCUGUAUAUUAUUUCUAAACAUCUUUUAUCGUGAAGAUUUCAAAAAGCAUGCAAACCACAAUGUUAUCUUUCCCAUACUCAUUAUCGUGUCGUCCGUUCGUGGAUGUCUCUGCUGCUGAUUCCAUGACAUCUUCCUCACCAUCUAAUACACCAAGUCCACCGGCGGCCAACUUCGUCAACCGAUGCUACGAUGCCGCAAUGUCCAGCCGAUUGCCGAAUUCAACAACUACUUUCACCGGCUUAGUAUAUCAACAGAAAAGUUAUCCGCAACCGGAAAAGAACAUUUCCAGAAUUACUUCCAGGAAGAAGUCUUUCACAAUCGAAGCAAUUUUAGGACUUGAUGACAACAGAAUCGAGAAAGCAGAUAAAUACGGCGAUGAUUUCGCUCCAGGAGGCGGCCGCGACGGGCGGUUAUUAUCCCCGAAAUCGUAUACUGUUCCAUCGGCCACACCGAGAUCAGAUCUGACGGCGCUCUUUUCAUCGUCUGUUGAAUCCAGUGCAUUAAGAAAUGAAAGAGAAAACAAGGCCAGGGUACAUCAUUCUAACUCUGAUGUCCAGAGCAGAUUCAAUUUGCCUUCCAGCACGAGCAACAUAUCAUCCAAUUCAAACGAGAAGCCGACGAUUCUAGCCUGUGCCAGCAACCAGAAAUCUGUGUCACACAGUGGUAAAAUGAAACGAAUUCGAACCAUUUUUACACCCGAACAACUUGAACGCCUUGAAACUGAAUUCGAACGUCAGCAAUACAUGGUGGGGCCAGAAAGACUGUACUUGGCAUCAGCACUGAAUCUCACAGAAGCUCAGGUCAAAGUUUGGUUUCAAAAUCGUAGAAUAAAACAUAGAAAGCAACACAUUGAAAUGCAACAAGCCAGACUUGCUCAGUUGAGAGAAGCUGAGAAUAUUGAAAGUGAAGAAGAAUCAGACCAAACUAAGUUAAUGAAAAAUGUUUCACCGGGUUCUUGGGAAAACUCUAUGGACGAAGGGCAUUAAUCUCACUUGUAACAAAGCAAAACUGUAAAAAUCAGCAUUUAAAACUAUAUUUAGGAAGCAAAGUGAGACAAAGCGCGAUAAUAAAUGCACGCUUAUAUCAGUUCGGUUCAUAACUGUCUUGAUAAUAAUUAUCGGUAAAAUGCAGUGAUGUUAUGUGUUUCUUUUAAACAGUUACCGCGCAUCCUUGCAGCGUCAUCACUGGUUGUUUUCCUGUAAGCUUCAUAAGCGAUGCUCUGUUUUUAAUCAUAAUGUAGAUAUUAAAAUUUGAAAUCAUAAUGUAGAUAUUAAAAUUUGAAACAAUACAGCAAUGAAUAAUUAUAAGCAAUAACAAAAUAGAGCCAUUUCGUCUCAUAUUUGGACAAAACUUGUGUGUAAGAAUUAAAAUUCAAUAAUUUGUUAUCUAAUUUAUGUAUGAGGUAGAUGUUACAUGCAGUGAAUAAGUAUUUUUUCAAAAAGAAAAAUUUCGCAUUUCUGCAGUUAUUUCCUACUUUUUUCUUUUCUUUCAUGCAAGAUGUAUGUAAACUUUUCCUUUCCUUCGAAACUCGAGUAAAAUUUUACGUCAGUUAUAAUCAUUUGGAAAUUUCUGAUUUUUUUUUUUACUUAAAGUUUCUUAUAAAGAAGUUUAUUCAGUUUUUUAAACACAUAUAUAAGUGUAAUGAAAUUCAAUGGUAGCCAUGCCUUAAAAAGAUUUUUUGUUUAUAACCAUUAGUCUUUUCUUAAAAGAAAGUGUUAAGUAUGAUAAAUAUUUGCAAAUUAACGUGUGUAUUAUUAUUUAUUUGACUAGAAUUUGUACUUAUAUUCUAUUUGAAGUAUUUCAAAUUUAUCUAAAUACAAGUAAUUAUCAGCUUUACCAGUUUUUAUCUUCAAUGAAUUAAAAAAUUUUAAAAAGUUUUUUACCCAUAAGGCAGAAAGCAAAUUAAUUUUGUCUAUUAAAGUGCAGUGGUAUCUCGGUAUAUGUCAUUUAUUCAUUCCAGAUCCUUGAACGUAUACUAAAUAAACUUUUCCAAUUAAAAGGAGACUAAUUAAUCUACUCCUAUUAUUGCUACACUUUUUUAAUACUAAAAUACAAAUGUAAUGGGUGAAAUAUAUAUACUAUGCGUAAGAUGAUAUGCACAUGAUACUGACUGAACAUGUUUGUUUGUUAAAAUUUUUUUCUUCCACCGAGAUCAAAAGCAAAUUUUUAACAUGCUCUAACGUCCAUGAUAUUUGUUUGCUAAUCGAUUUCACCUUCGCAACCUUACUCGAUUUUAGCAGCGCCCUUGUUCUCAAAAUCGUAGCCACCGUCAUACUCGCCGCAUGGUAUCCAUUAAGUAAGUUCAGGAUACCACAUGUCAGUGAUCUUUUUUCAUCUAUAUAGUGAUUCUAGCCAUUUUCUCUGUUGCUUUAUUGUUCUCAUCAAUUUACCUAAAGCUCAUUGUUAAUGAAUUUACAAAAAAAUUGCGGGAAAACACAAUCACUUGAAAAUUCAGAGCUAUAGCGCGAGUUGUUUACUUAAUUGUAGCAACAGACGUAACUACGCCUGUGAGUUUGGUUUAUUUGAUUAUGGAAAAGCCCUCAAAGGCUAUCUGCCUAAGGGAAGGGAUGCCUUCGUGGAGGACUUUCAAAUAGAAACUGGUUCGCAUGCACGUUACGCAUGGGGAAAACCACGAAAACGCCGUGCUGCCAGUCCGUAAGCCGGGAUUAGAAUCCCGGGCCCAACUAUGUCCCAGGGAACUAGUCUUCAGCGACUUUACCGCUCGCGUCCAAACAGGGCGUAUACCAAGUAGGACGUAUUUCAAAGCGAACAUAUACCGAAGCACUAUUGUAUUUAAUAAGAUUUUAAUGAAAAGAAUAGACAAAAACUGAAGCAAAUACUUGCAUGUAUGGUUUCAUUAGUAGUAAUACUGCAAAAAAUUUCAUGUAUACUGCAGAAUAAAAGUGUUAGAUACUGCAAACAAAGCGAGUCCUCUCUAUCUCGACCAGCUCUGAAACUGACAAGCAUUUCAGAAAACACUGCUCUCUAAAACGACCACCUUCACAGGAGACCAAAAUCGUAUGGAACAGUCUGCGGUCGGGUUAGAAAGGAGUCGCUGUAAUUUUCACUUUAAUUAUGUGUAUGUAGUGUAAAUAUAUCUUUCAUCUGUUGUUUAUGAAAAAUGCGUUCCUAGUGGAUUCUUAAAGUAUUGUAACGCACAUUACCAGUUGCAAAGUGAUUAUAAUGUUGAUAUAUUUGUGUUUGACUUGAACAAUAUGAUUCAACACAAAUUAGAAGGAUUCUAUUUGCUAUAAUUAGACAUACAUGUGAACAACAAAAUAUGUGAAGAAUGGUCUAAGCAAAAAUAGCACGAUUUCUUAUCAUCUAGUCCAAUUUUUGUACAAAGCAAUUUUAUUUAAUGUUUUACCUUUACUAUGCGUAUUGGUUUUCCGAGAAAUCAUAGUAAUACGUAUGCAAUGUGAAAUAAAUGUAAAUUUUCUUGAAA